GAUCGCUUUCCCGGCGCUCCCCGCGCUCGGCCCCGCUCCCGGUCCGGCCGCAGUUCCCGCUCUGUCUCUCUCCGCCCGGCCGGGCCGCACCCGCUCCUCGCUCUCUCUCUCUCUCUCUCUCCCCUCCUUCUCCUCCCUCUCCUCGCCGUUCCCGUCCGUGGGGCGGAGAAGCGCUUCCGGCUUUAGGCCACGAUGUCCGGAGGGGACUCAGCGGCGGCGGCGGCCACGGCCUCCCCUCAGGCGCUGCCGUUCUCGCUGCCGAAGCCCCCUCCCCUCAUGCAGCUGACGCCGGGGGACGCCGUCCGGCCCGUGGCUUCGGCCGCCGACCAAUCGCCGAAGGGCAGCAGGCUGACGGGCCGUCCCGAUUGGCCGGCGGGGAAGCCAGUCAGCCUGCUGGCCCCGCUGCUCCCGCCCCGCGGGGAGCCCGAGCCGCUGAUGCCGUUCGGGCCCACAUCGCGACAGCCGCUGAGAGGGAGAAUGAUGGGGCGCUGCGGGGGGGGCAGCCUGCUCAGCACCGCCAUGAGACCGGGGGAGCGCAGCGCCAUCAUGAUGGGACACCCGGGGAUGCCGCAUUACCCGCCCAUGGGAAUGCACCCUAUGGGUCAGAGGCCACCAAACAUGCCCCCGGUUCCACACAGCAUGAUGCCUCAGAUGAUGCCCCCAAUGGGAGGACCGCCAAUGGGGCAGAUGCCUGGGAUGAUGCAGUCGGUCAUGCCUGGAAUGAUGAUGUCUCACAUGUCCCAAGCUGCUAUGCAGCCUACGGUUCCGCCAGGGGUGAACAGCAUGGAUGCACAAGUAGGUGUAACACCUCCUGGAACUCAGACAACACAUCCCGUGGUUUGUGCAGCUCAGCAAACAGCCACAACCAACAGUUCGGGCAGUGAGGAGCACUCAAAACAGAAAUCGACGUGGACGGAGCACAAAUCACCUGAUGGAAGAACCUAUUACUACAACACUGAAACGAAGCAGUCCACGUGGGAGAAGCCGGAUGAUCUUAAAACCCCUGCUGAGCAAUUGCUGUCUAAGUGCCCAUGGAAAGAGUACAAAUCUGAUUCUGGAAAGCCAUACUACUAUAAUUCCCAAACAAAGGAAUCACGCUGGGCAAAACCCAAAGAACUCGAAGAUCUGGAAGCACUGAUCAAAGCUGAAGAAAACAGCACCAAGACUGAAGAAUCUGCUUCAACAACUGCUGCAGCAGAUGCAGCCAACACUGCUGCCACAGCCACGGCUGCUGCUGAAGCUGCCACAGCUGGUACUGCCAGCACUGCUGCAGCCUCCGAAACAGAAACCACUGCCGCCUCUGCUGCGGUGGAAAACGAGAGUGCUGCUGCAGCCACAGCUGAGGAACAGAGUGCGGAAAGUGCCACUAACGCAGCUGAUGACUCCAAGCAGGACGGUUCAGCAGACACUUCAAAGAAGGAGGGCGAUGAUGCACAGCCGGUUAAAAAAACCUACACCUGGAAUACAAAAGAAGAAGCGAAACAGGCAUUUAAAGAACUCCUGAAAGAAAAGCGGGUGCCAUCCAAUGCUUCUUGGGAGCAAGCCAUGAAAAUGAUCAUUAAUGAUCCCAGAUACAGCGCUUUGGCGAAGCUGAGUGAAAAGAAGCAGGCCUUCAAUGCUUAUAAAGUUCAGACGGAAAAAGAAGAAAAAGAAGAAGCGAGAUCAAAAUACAAAGAAGCUAAAGAGUCCUUCCAGCGCUUCCUGGAAAACCACGAGAAGAUGACAUCCACGACACGAUACAAAAAAGCUGAACAAAUGUUUGGGGAGAUGGAAGUCUGGAAUGCAAUAUCUGAGCGCGACCGCCUGGAAAUUUAUGAAGACGUCUUGUUUUUUCUCUCUAAGAAAGAAAAGGAACAAGCCAAACAGUUACGAAAGAGGAACUGGGAAGCUCUGAAGAACAUCCUCGAUAACAUGGCGAACGUCACUUACUGCACCACUUGGUCAGAGGCUCAGCAGUAUCUGAUGGACAACCCUACGUUUGCAGAAGAUGAGGAACUUCAGAAUAUGGAUAAGGAGGAUGCACUGAUCUGCUUUGAGGAACACAUCAGGGCACUGGAGAAAGAGGAGGAAGAAGAAAAGCAGAAAAGUUUACUGAGAGAAAGAAGGCGGCAGAGGAAAAACAGAGAAUCUUUUCAGAUAUUUUUAGAUGAACUGCACGAGCACGGACAGCUGCAUUCAAUGUCCUCGUGGAUGGAGCUGUACCCAACCAUCAGCUCUGACAUCAGAUUCACGAAUAUGCUUGGUCAGCCUGUUUCUUCAUCAGGAUCAACAGCACUUGAUCUCUUCAAGUUCUACGUUGAAGACUUAAAAGCACGUUACCACGAUGAGAAGAAGAUCAUAAAAGAUAUCUUAAAGGAUAAAGGGUUUGUAGUUGAAGUGAAUACUUCUUUUGAAGACUUCGUUACAGUCAUCAGCUCAACUAAGAGAGCCACCACUUUAGAUGCAGGAAAUAUCAAGCUGGCUUUCAACAGUCUGCUGGAAAAGGCAGAAGCCCGCGAAAGAGAAAGGGAAAAGGAAGAAGCUCGCAAAAUGAAGCGGAAAGAAUCUGCCUUCAAGAGCAUGCUGAAACAAGCCACUCCUCCCAUCGAGCUGGACGCUGUCUGGGAAGAUAUCAGAGAUAGGUUUGUGAAGGAGCCAGCGUUUGAAGACAUCACUCUGGAGUCUGAAAGGAAAAGAAUAUUUAAAGAUUUCAUGCACGUACUCGAGCACGAGUGUCAGCAUCAUCAUUCAAAGAACAAGAAACACUCUAAAAAGUCCAAAAAGCACCACAGGAAGCGGUCCCGCUCUCGCUCGGGCUCGGAGUCUGAGGACGAUGACAGCCAUUCAAAGAAGAAAAGGCAACGUUCAGAAUCUAGAUCCGCUUCUGAGCGUUCCUCCAGCGCAGAAUCUGAGAGAAGUUACAAGAAGUCAAAAAAGCACAAGAAAAAGAGCAAGAAAAGAAGACACAAGUCUGAUUCACCAGAAUCUGAUAUUGAACGAGAAAAAGACAAAAAAGAAAGAGAGAGAGAAAGUGAAAAGGAUAGAGCUAGACAAAGAUCUGAGUCAAAACAUAAAUCUCCGACUAAAAAACGACCUGGAAAAGAUUCUGGCAACUGGGACACCUCGGGCAGCGAGCUGAGCGAAGGGGAGUUGGAAAAGCAGAGGCGGACUCUUUUGGAACAACUGGAUGAAGAUCAAUGAGAAGAUUAUUUAUACCAAAUAUGUUUACAUUGUGGCAUAAUAAAAGAAACCAAUGUCUAAUUCAGGAUGUGGGUUCUGAUAUCCUGAGUUCCAUUGUUGAAAUCACGGUGGGUUUUAAUUGUACCGCAUAAAUACAUCCAAGUACUCUUACGGGGCCGGCACCGAGCCUACAAAAGUGAAUGAAAUCCUGAGUUAACGCCGCCUGCUGUUGGGCAGCACGGGCGCUCUGCUCCCCUGGAGGGAGUCCUGGAUGGGAACAGCGAUGGAAGACGCCUCGGGUCUCACUGGACGUCACCUGCAGGCUGAGCAGAGCGUGGCACCGCCGUGCACUCCUUCCUGGAAAGGCACUAACUGUUCUUCCCGGCCAUGCGGGCAGGUAGAGCUUCAUUUUUAGAAAGAUUCUUAAUAUAGUUUCUUUUGGCUUAAUUUGUUUUAUGAACUUGUUAUUAUUUUUGAAAGGGGGGGAAGGCAAUGGGUGUAAAGAAUCCAUUUCUUGCUCUGUACUGCAAAAAAAAAACCUGUCAGCUAUUGCAAUUGCUCCUUCAUGACCUGCAUUCCUACCAAGCGCUUAUGUGAAACAGAAGACUGCGAGAGAUCCGUGUCCAACAAUCACUUCCAAGUGAGUUUGUACAGUAAUUAAAAGCAGACGUGGCUGCGCUCAGCCCUACACUGUGCCAUCAGCAGAGGGUGCUGCUGCUCACAGCCACCUUCUGUAUUCACAUAAAGCCGCUACAGCUGCUCUCUGUGCUUAUCUACACCGUCAGAAUUAAAAAUCAAACUGUAAAUUGAGACGUUGCCUUACAAACCUGCAGAAGAAUGUACCACCACCAGCAGCAGCAGCAGCAGUUGUGCAGGUCAGCGUGAGCCCAGCCCUGGCAGCGCCGUGCUGCAGUGGUACCUUCGCAACCUUUGAUUGGAAUAUUUUUGUACAUUUCUAUCAAUGAUUAAACCUUGUCUCCUGCUG